GACUCCUAAUCACAAAUAAAUUGCAGACGAAUUAAAUUGAAAUUAAAAUUAAUUGACAGACGAUGCGAUGAGAUGAAGGAACCAUUGCAGAGAACCAAAUUGGUGAUUAGGCAUCUGCCUCCGUCUCUCUCUCAAUCCGACCUCCUCUCUCUCUUUCACGAUCGUUUCGUCGGCCGCUACAACUGGUUUUGCUUUCGCCAAGGGAAGUCGAGCAACAAGCAUAAGAUUCAGAGGUUUUCUCGAGCGUAUGUUGAGUUGAAGCGAGCGGAGGAUGUUUUCGAGUUCGCUGAUUUGCUCAACGGACAUGUCUUUGUUAAUGAGAAAGGAUCUCAGUUUAAGACCAUUGUUGAAUAUGCUCCUUCACAACGUGUUCCAAAGCCUUGUACUAGAAAAGAUAGUCGUGAAGGGACCAUUUAUAAUGAUCCUGAUUAUCUCGAGUUCCUCAAACUUAUUGCGAAACCUGUUGAGAAUCUUCCUAGUGCAGAAAUUCAGUUGGAAAGAAAAGAAGCUGAACUAUCUGGUGCCACAAAAGAAACCCCUAUUGUUACACCACUAAUGGAAUAUGUUCGGCUGAAACGAGCUUCUGAAAGCCGAACUCAGAGUUCCUCAGCUGUUGGAAAAGCUAGCAGAAGAAGUAGGGGAGCAUCUUCGAGAAAGUCUGGUUCAGGUACCACCAAAAGAGGCUCAGAGAAGAAAAAGUAUGUACUAAAGGGCAGUGAGAAAAACGCAAGUCGAAAAGACAAAUCAUCUUUCAUUGUGGUGCCUAAGCGACAGGGUCAGCCAACCUCUUCUGUUGGGAAAGGAAUUUUGGAAAGUGAUACCAUUCUUGGUCUUGAAAGUACUGUUUCGGGAAUAACCUUGACCUCUGAUUCUGGAAAGAAAAAGAUAUUGCUUUUGAAACCGAAAGAUCCAGAAAUUUCUCAUGGCGAAACAUCAUCUGGUGGAAUUACCACAACUACUACAAAACAGAUUCAGAGGCGUGAAAGCCAAACUCAACCCUUGGCUGCAGUCCAAGCUCGGGAGAAGCAAGGCCUAAACAUAGAGAAUGGGAAGCCACUGCCUCGGUCUAUGAAUAGACAGUCACGUACAGAUGGUCAUGUAUCUAAUAAUGACCUACACACAUCUAGAUCUGACCGUGAUACAAAGAGAGGUCCAGACAGUAGAUUUGUGAGAAAAGUCCUGAAUGGUUUAGGUACUGAAAGUGAGAAGCAAGAGAAACGUACAAGAAAUAGGGAUAGACCUGAUUAUGUUUCCUGGGCUCCUCUUCGUCAUUCUGAUGUUGCUCAGAUUACUGAGCAGCGCUCGUCAUCCAUGCAGCCUAAUGAAUUGCUUUCAAAUUCAAUUGAAGCUCCCCAUGGAGACAUCAAAGAUGACAUUCCACGUGGAAGCAAGACUACUGGAGCUAUAGCUCCUUCAAAUGGAGGUUCCCGACAUAAUGUUCAUCGUGUAGCUGCCCGUGUUACAAAGGAUGAUGAGGGCAAGUCUUCAAAAAGAAGAGGUUCUACCAGCUCAGGUGCCCAUGAGAAGCAAGUAUGGAUUCAAAAGACAUCUUCUGGGAAUUAAAGUAUUUGUCUAAUUCUGGUUUUAGAAGUUGCAACUCUUUUCCAGAUAUUGACAAUCUAUUUUUUCCUGUCAUGUGGCGAUGAAUGGCAAGAUCUUAUUUGCCUUGUUGGAGUUUGCAAUUGGUAAAUAAUCAUAUGGUUUGUUUUAGUCCAUUCCCAGGUUUGGAUCCAAUCCUUUUUGAGAUUCAUUCUCAAGGAACCAUCAUCUAUAUCUGGGGAAGCAACUUUGUUUCAGACUCAGAAGCAAUGAAGAGCUUCUAAUUGAUGUGAUUAUUGAAUUAUCUGCCUCGUAUCUACGAAUUUCCAAUCCUCUCGAGCAUGAGAGAACAACCAGCAUUAGAUUGAAAGGUGGAUAUCAGCAGUACUAUCGAUGCUAAAUUGGAAGUUCUUGCUUGACUUUGCGUAGCCAUUGGUAGAGGAAAGUUCCGGCGCUCCUUUGGUGAUGCAAAGUUCAGAGUCCUCAAAUCAUUAUUGACAUUUAACCAGUUGGUAUCAGUUGUAGGGCUUUUUAUAUAUGAGAGUUGGUUGUACUUGUGAAUAUGUCGCUGUUACCUGCGUUGUGUAAAAUUUGUUUUGGGUUCUAGUGGUUAACCCUCAGAAAAUCGUACGAAAGAAGAAAUAUUGUCCUAUGUAUUGUUUCGGAAGUCAGAGCCCAGAAAUGUUUAGUGCAGUAGAGAGUAGAACCUGGUAUGUAGAGAAGCUUAUUAUACGUUUGUUUCUCAGCUGCAUAUGACUCGUAUAACUUUGAUUGUGACUUGUUUUAAUGUUAAACAUGUACCUCUCAACAGUUUGUGUUUC